AUGGCCACAGCUGCAGCGAGUUCGCGUGGCUGGACAUUCGUUAAAACAGUGACCCAAGACGUAUCAGCUCUGCGAGAUAUGACGCAAACCAUUGGACAUGUCUUGCACGCACCUUCCACCCCGCCGGUUUGCCGCGAAGAAACGAAGCUCUUGCCUUGGCGCCAUUCUGCCGAUGAAGGUGAAGAGGCUCAUUGUUGCUAA